AUGUCGUCGUAGGCGUCGCGUUGUAAUUCUAGAGCAGAUUUAUAUGUCGACACGAAUGCCAACGAAUCACUCCGUAUAUAUACCAGAAUUAUAAGUAGAAUGGAUGUAUAUAAACAGAAACAUAUUAUUCUUUUUGAAAGUUAAAUUUUAAUCGAGGAUUCCGUUUUUUAUACACCCUGGACCAUAGUAUCCCAAAGGUCGCGGGUUCAAUUCCCACCGUGGUUAGGCAGACUUUUCAGCUUGCCCGCGGUGUGGAUGCACCACAAACAUCCUAUUCACUUACACCAACACACACAAAAAGUACAAAAUCUUAAUGUUUGAGUAUAACCAGGAAUUUUUAACCACGGAGUUUUUAGAAUGUGAUGGGAUGAAAACGUCUCAUGCUUCCUAUAGCCGGGAUCAUUAAAGUGAAUGAUUCAUCUGACAUAUACUGUAUUAUUUAGGUGGUUAAGUUUGAUACUCGGGUUAACUUGGGACAUUAUCAUACUUUUUGCUUCGCAAAAAUUUUAUAUUUGUUUAUGUUUUUUUGCAGGAUUGAUGAAUGCGCAGAGCAAAAUAAAAAACUUGAUUCAAAAUUGAAGAAGAAAGAGGAAGCAUUAAAGAAAACAGCGCGAGAUUUAGACGAAGUUGAAAAUAGGUAACAUUCCAUUUUGUUCGAUGCAACUAAUUGUUUUCGCUGCAUUAAAAAUUCACUGAUUUUAUUCACAGAGAAAGAGAAUUAGAAAACUCGUUGGAGAGGAAAUCGAAGAAUCUGGAAGAACGGAACUCCAGGUAGAGUAGAAUCAGUAUAUAUUCUGUGUUCCCAAUUACCAUGCAGGAUUAAAGUGUGAAGCUUUUCUUUGGUUGUCUCAAGUACGAACACAAAAUAGUUUUAUUGAUCACUAAACCUGUAAUUUCGAAUCUAAACGUAUAAGUUCGAAUCUAUUCCCGUGAUCUUUAAUAUUGGGUAUAGUCACAGUUUUACCUUAAAGACAAUGUUAAGUCCGUUCUGCGCAUGCAUUCUGCGCAGGCCUACAUUCCAAUGGUCGGGAGCCGAUAAUUGGAAUGUUAUUAAUAUUUCGCACCUUCGGAACUUUUUUGAAUUGAAUCUCUAGUCUGUAUUCAUUUACAAGCAUAGCGAACCAGAAGAGUGUUAAAAAUUCAGUAUAAUAUAUUAUAUCUAAUCAUAUUUUACAACUGUAGCACUGAGUUCCAAAUAUAAACAAACAUUACGGACUUUACAUGGCCUUUAAGGCCCAUUUCUACUCUGGAAAAUUUCCACGGACAGAAAAUUGUCCGAAAACAUAAUUGUUAAAAGUUGAAAAUGUUCAUCUUCAAAAUAUUUGCCGACGGAAAAUUUGUGUCCGCCAAUCAAAUUUUACAAAAUUUUCUUUCUGCUGAAAAUUUUCCUGAGUGGAAAAAUGAGCCUUUAAGCCACAACAUCGGAAACGAUUUAUUCGAUAGCCGUUUUAGCUGUUUGCUUUUAUUUGAUGUGAACGAUUCUUACUAUUUGGUGUAGGAUUUUGGAACUGGAAGCUUCUUUAGACGAGAGGAACUGUUUGACUAUCAAGCAGAGCGAGGAAUCGUUGUUGCAAAGGUAGACAAAAUCUUAUCAAUUUUAUAUCAUCGUGAUUCAGUUUUGCAAUAAUUUUUGCAAUACAGCUGAUGCAAACCUUUUAAGGUUUAAGUUUAAAAACUCUAAACCUUAAACUAUAAGCGCGCAAAGCUUAAUGGGAGCACGAGCAUUUCAAGCUUAGUAGUUGAAUAUUGCAUCUAUUUGUGAAUGAAUUGUUCUCGUAAGGAGAUAUUUACCAUGUCUCUAAGAAAUGGGCCCCAUAUAUGAUUUCUAAACUGAUUAAAUGAUGCUUUGCACGUUUAGGGUUUGAGGUUUAGAGUUUAACGCCCGUAUUCUAAAAGCUCAUUUACACUCAAUGGGAGGAAGUGCAAUGUUAGCUUCCCCCGAGUGUCAUGCUGUUUUUGAAUAGUUGGAGGACUAGUGUCAUACCUAUAGCUUACCAUGUGACUACUCACCCUCCAGCUAUUCAAAAGCAGCAAUGACACUCGAUAGAAGUUCAGAUUGAACCUCCACUCAUUGAGUGUGAGUGAGCUUUUAGAAUACGAGCGUAAGGUUUGCAAAGGACAACCUAAUUUUGAAUUAGCUGUAUAUGCCACAUUUACAUAGAACAAUGUGUGGAUGGCGAGUUGAAACUAUUUUUUUUCGAUUCUCAAGCGGCAAACAAAUUUAAAAAGUAUGUUUAGUGUAAAAUCUUUAGUGUACAAUUGAUCUGUAAAAUUAUGCCAAAAUAAAGAGAUUUUAGAUGGUACGCCAAAAAGAAAAUGACGUCUGAAGUUCAGUGUAACUUUUGCUUAUAUUGCUGUAUAAAUAUGGCGUCAAUUUUACAGCAUCAGUAGUAAUUGUAUAUUUAUAAAUUGACAAUAUUCAACUGUUAUUUUGUGUUUUUCAACCGCCAGGUACAUUUUGCUAAUUGUGUAAACUACAAAAUAAAGUUAAAACAAAUUAAUUUUGAGAGGAACGCCAAAAAUAUUUUAGGUUUGAACACUUUUCAUUGCAAAUACGCGAUGUUGAAAAAAGGUCUCUUAAUGAAAACGUUGCUUAAUGGCAAUAUUCACGAUAAUUUUGUUUUCCAUUUAGUCCCAGGGUAUCCACUUCAUCUUCGAUUGACGCAAGUAAAAUUCAAACUUUGAAGCAAAAGUUGUGGGAUGCUGAAGCAAGGUGAGUGAAGCUAAUCGCAAAAACGCAUGCACAAGUUGUUACAGGUCUCGGCAAGUUGUGUUCGCAAUGCUUGUUCCCGGUUGUUGUAACAAGUUUGAAACAAGCUGUUAACAACUUGUAACAAGCUUGAUGGUAUGUUAUCAGACUUGUUACAAGGUUGUUCGAACAAGUCUGAUACAAUCACAAUAUAACAAGAAUGCUACAAGGUUGACGACACAAGGUUGUAAAAUAUUGUUAUGUCAUGACUGUAUCAGACUUGUUGGAACAACCUCGCAACAAGUCUGAUAAUAUCAACAAGGUUGUUGCAGGUUGCUAACAGCUUGUUCCAAACUUGUUGACAACUUGGGACAAGCAGUGCGAACACAACUUGUUGACGGCUUGUUGGCAGACUUGUUACAAGAUGUGAGAUUUUUACGCGUGUAGAUGAAGAUCAAUACAAUGGUUGUGGAAUUUAGGAAUCAUGGAGCGACACUUCAUAUUAUAAGGAGCAGGGACGCCGGAACGAUAAUAGGGCAAAGGGGGGCGGACGCACACCAAGGGCACCUUUUAGGGGUCAAAAAUUUUUUCCGGACAUAAAAAAAUUUUCCGUGAAGCCAAAAAUUUUUCCGGAUAUCUUAAAUUUUCGCCAUUUCUUCAAAAUAUUUUUCUAAAUUCCAAAAAUUUCCCACAAGUUUUAUAAAUAUAAACUAUAGAUUACCUGAAUCUCGUGAUUUUCCUACAAAAAGCAUCGUUGGAAAUGUGAUUUAUCACGUAUUAUUUUACAACUAAAAGGGCACUUCUGCCCCCCCUGCCCCCCCCUAGCAAAAGGCAAGGGGGCAGCCGCCCCCCCUGCCCCCCCAGUUCCGGCGUCCCUGAUAAGGAGCUAACUUCAAAUUCAAAUGUGCAUGUGCUUGAAAACUUCAACACUUAGUUGAUUUAAAAAUUGUAGAGUUACAAGCAAGUUACAAGCUACAGUAGUUGUCUAAACUUGGAGUUACUGGCUGACAACUUGAAAAACCUUUGCCUACUUCCACAUAAAUAAAAUCUGCAGGCGUGGUUAAUAUUAUUAAGGAGUAAAGAUUAUACAUUAAGUGCUUUUGGUCUGGGUUUAUUUUAUGUAGAAUUGAGGAAACUGAAAACGAGAAAGGUAAACUUCACCAUCAAAUUAAGAGAAAAGAAUCCCAAAUACAAAUUUGGAACAACGGUAAGUUACAUAUAGUGUAUCACCCCUGCGACCAGGGUUCAUUUGAUUAGCUAGGAGUUUGCCCAACGUUUGAAGAUUAUAGCAGCUAUGAAAAAUGCAAAUAUAGGCUCUCCGGCAGAAAUCGAAUCUGCGACUCCAGUGGAUAGCUCUAACCAAAUGAGUCUAUUAUAGGGCCGUAGCGAUCGGAAGGGUGUGGGGUUUUUUUUGCAUGUAUAUUCCAUAGUGCUAGAAAUGGCUAAGUGCUAAUUGUUGAUAAUUUUUAAGAACAUAGUAUUUUCAUGACUUUAUUCAUUAUGUAGGUUGCAAGAAUCAUCUGAUGCUCUCGAAGAAAACGAACGUUUGAAACAAACCAUUAAACACAAAGAAGAAAGAGUGAGAAUCUUGCAAGUCAGCCUCGACCAGAACCAACAGGAAAUUAAUUCCCUUGAAAGUCGGUAAGUGCAUGUAUAACACAAUGCGUUAGCAAGCAAAAUUAAUGCCCAACAUUUUCCUUCACCGGUAACAUUGUCUGGGGUUAGAGACAGGGCGGGAAAAAAGAAUUAUCUUCCUGGAAGCACAACUAAUUCCACUCAGAAUUUCUUUGUUUUAGCUUUAUUUUGUAGUUUACAUAUAUCUGGCCGUUAUACAUACUUACUGCAUGAACUUCAGACACCAUUUUCUCUUUGGCGUAUACCGUCUAAAAUCUUUUCAUUUUAGCAUAAAUUUACAGACAAAGCUAGCACUAGACAUACUUUUUAAGUUCACCGCUUGAGAAUUGUAUCAAAAAUUUAAAAAAAUUGAAUAUAGUUAUAACCAAGUGGAAAAGUAUAUUCAUUAAUUUUGUGCGCGUGUUACGUAACAUACAAGAAAAGAUUCUCCUCUUAAGCAAUCAUACAGAAUUUAAUUCUCACAUUCGUUACUUUAUUCUAGCCUUGAGAGUACGACCUCUGAAGUCUAUAAGUUAAGAAAAGUAGACGGGGAAAAGCAGAAACGUAUCAACAGUUUUAAAAUGAAAUUGGAAGAUACAGGUCAUGGAGUUCAUGAAAUGAUCACUCAGAAAGAUGAGAAAAUUCAGUCUUUGGAAGAGAAGUAUGUUAGCCUUUCUUUCAUUUUAUAGCAAGCUACCUUUGACAUUUCGAGAUAUACCGUCCUUUGUCGAGGAUAUUGUUACCAUACCUUGAGGGGAGGUUUACGCCACACAAUAUAUAUUGUUUGAUUGUUGAGCACUAUAAAACAUCUUUAAUAUAUGUUCAUUCGUUGUUUAACUUACAGACUGGAUGUCGCUUGUGUUACAAUAGACAGCGGGGGAAAUCUUGGAACUAAAUAUGAAGAUUUGGGGAAGGAGGUAGUUGGAACUAAACUAAACUAACGUAGAAGCGCGCAUCUUGUAACAAACCAAUACUGUUCCGCACUUUUGAAACAAAAUGUGUGUGAUUCUUUUGAGCCACAAAUUGCUUCCGAGAGAGGGAUUUUGUAUGCCCAAUAACGUUUUUGAGGAUAUAUAUUUACUUGGGCAAGCAAUAUUUUCAGAUGCCAAUGUCUUCUGUAGCUUAAAUUUAAUCCCCCGUGUUUUUGUUGUAGUGUGAAAAGUUACGUUUGAAUAAAGAACGUACCGAAGGACGAUAUGCGUCAUUAAAGGAAGAAAACAAAAGUUUGACACAAGAAUUGGACACGGUGAAGUCUGAUUACGAUCAGCUUUUGGUUGAUCUUAAUGAACUGAAGGAAAGUUACACUGAACUGGAUUUAUCAUCCGCCAAAUCUCUUCAUCGUUGUGAGGUUAGUAGCCUAAUAAUAUUUUUUGGUGAUCUGCCAAAACCCAGGAAUGCUUCUUAACUGUGAUGUGGUAAAGUGUUAGAUGGUGUGGUGUAGUGUGAUAUUAUAUGGUAUGAAAUGAAAUAUAGUAUGGUAUGAUGUGUUAUGGCAUGAUAUUGUACAUUGUGGUAUGCAUGAUUUAGUGUGGUAUGGUAUAAUGUGGUGUGGUAUGGUAUUACAUGGUAUGAAAUGGUAUAGUAUGGUAUGGUAUGCCAUGGCGUGGUAUUGUACGUUGUGGUUUGCAUGGCUUAGUGUGGUACGUAUGGUAUUGUAUGCUAUGGUAUGGUUGUAUGGUAUGGUAUGGUAUGGUAUGGUAUGGUAUGGUAUGGUAUGGUAUGGUAUGGUGUGGUAUUCUCUGUUUUGGUACGGGACGCUAUCGUCUAUUGUGGUGUGUGUGGUGUUUUGUUGUCAUAUACCUUAUGCAUGUGUAUAUGUUGAUUUGUAUGAUGACCACUGUCCUCCACAUUGUAGAUGUUAACGCAAAUGAACAGCACCUUGGAGGAGGAAAAUAGAAUGCUCAUGGAACAAAUGAAUAGACUUCUGACCCAGGUAUAUUUAGAACAGUUUAGAAAUUACUGGUAGAAUUAUGCAGUAUAAAUAAAGUAAGUUUACACUUAACGUUUGUUUCGGCAUAGAACCAAGAGUUAUUGACUGAAUCAUUAGUCAGCCGUGAUCAAUUCCUGGAGGAGGAAAGAACGUUUUCGUAAGUAUAAUGAUUUGCCUAUGUUACGUUUGUAUUUAAGUAUGGAACUUUUAAGCCUUGCAAUGCAAUCAACCUUCUUAUUUUUAGUGAUAGACUGUAUGAACUUCAAAGACAGAAAGAAAAGUUGGAAGAGAAAAUUGAACAAGCAAACAAGAGUCUUGCAGAAAAUACUCCAAAGAAGUAAGUAGACUGGAUCUACACACGUAAAAACGCCCAACUUGUUGCAACUUGAGAAAUUUACAACAUUGUUACAUCUUGAUGUUUGCAAUGUUCCUCUGAGUGAAAAUCCACACCGGGCAAGCUUGAAAAAUAUGCCUGGCUACGGUGGGAAUCGAACCUACGACCUUUGGUUCCAAAUGUCGUAGGUUCAUCAUAUUUCAUCAUAUUCACCUGAGUACACAACACCAACACAGACAAAAAUUGUUACAUCUUGUUGAUACAAGCUUUGAUACAAGCCUUUUGCGAACACAUGUAUGUGAGAAGAUACGACAUGUUUGCCUGCGUAAUAUCUACAUUAUUCCUCCUCGUACUGCCAGUUUGCCCUUGUUUCAUCUUUUUAAUUAAAGCUAUACAGAGCAGAAAUUUUGUGCAUUGUAUAUUAUUCCACGGGUUUGUCAUGUGACUGGUUCCAGAGAUCUUAUGGCAAACUACCUUUUGUUGUUAUUGUUUUACCACUGUCGUUAUUACAGCUCAGUUUCCCUGGCCCAUCAAGCUCAGCUUAUCUUUAUCUUUUAAGGAAAAGCAACCUGUUUAAGAGAGUUUUACAAAAAGCUGGUUUGAAAAAGGUACAGUAUUUGUCAUGGCAGUGGCUUUUUUCAGCAUUGAAAAUGUUUUAGCAAUACAACUCAGGGCUUUUGUAUUUUAUCUUCUAUUUUGAUGAAAUAGAAAAAAGAUGAAGAAUUGAAAAGUAAAUCCGCUGUGCAACUCGUCAAGUAUGAUCAAAGUCCCAGUGAAGGCUCGCCUGAUAUGUCAGUGGAUUCGGGACCAGGGAUCCACGGUGUAAUACCCAUAUCGCCUGAGCGAGCGAGCGACUCUUCAAACUUUAGUGAGAGCUUUAACUCGGAUCAUUCUCCCGAGCACGACCUCUCGCCUUUGGCUCGGAGACGAGCCCGCGUUAACCGAGCACAUCGUCAGCGGAUAGUACGCUCCGAAUACUUCACGCCAGCAAUGGCAAACAGUCUCGCUAUACAAGGACGGAGCCGAAGCCUGGACGCUAAAGAGUUCGUUCGCGAAGUGAUACAAGGUCAGGGGCCUGAGGCGAGUCCUGGGCAGGUAUUGUCUAGUAGUUCGAUGACUAUUCUACACCAGCCCUCGCCGAGUGGCUUUGGAGACUCGGGACGAGAAAGGAAGCUUUCAAAUGAUGUAAACAGAACUCUGAGCUUCUCCCGUACAAGAGAUGAGAGCGGUCGACUUUCACCCGCCCGCGUGAGGAGAAAAAGCGCGGAAAGUCGAUUUAGAAAACCGCCUGACUAUAAACCCGCUGACGUGAAUGGGGGAAAUUCGCCUCUUACUAGAACGAAAAGUGGUAGUACUAAAGUGGAAACAAGGAAUUUGACUCCGGAAAAUUCUCCUCUUACUAAAGAGAAAAGUGGUAAUUUCAAAGUGGAAGCAAGUCAACUUGCUGAAGUAAAUGGAGGAAAUUUACCUCUGACUCGGAAGAAAAGUUCUGAUACCAAAGUGGAAGUAGGUCAACGCACGGAAAUAAAUGAAGAAAAUUUUCAAUUCAUUAAAAAGAAAAGUGUAAAUACUAAAUUGGAAGCAACUCCGGAAAAUUCUUCCAUUUGGAAGAAAAAUGUUAAUAAUAACGUGGAAGGGACUCCAGAGCUGCCGAUAUGGGAAGAUCGUAUUUCUAGGUCGUCACAUCACGAUGAUAGCUCGAGUAGUUCACAACGGGUUUCCGAAUCUAGUCGGAAGAGCUCGGACGUAGGUUCGUUGCGUUCUCGAACUUCGAGCUGUACAGAAAGUGACAUAUCUAAGACUACAGUCCGCCAUGUUGGGUCUAGUGCGAGUGCAACGUCUAGUGCGAGUGGUGGGGAGAAAGUUGAGAAAAGACACGGUGUUAAUGGUGGGGUUAGCAAGGACACUGAUGAAUUGCAGGUGAGCUAUAUUUUCAUCAAUGUGUCCCUGACGGGGGGGGGGGGGAUCCCUUUCUAGAGGAAGUCAGCCUCAGCCAUCUCGACUAUUAACGUAUCCACCAGUGGCGAAUCUAGCAAUACCAACGGAUCUUGCAAUGUAAAUUUUUAAGAGGAGAUUUUUUGUAUGUUACGUAACACGCGCUCAAAACUAAUGCGUGUAAAUUCCACUUGAGGUUAUGACUAAAUUCAAAAUUUUUAUUUUCGAUACGUUUCUCAAUCGGCAAACAAACUUAAAAAGGAUGUCUAGUGCUUUAUCUGUAAAGUAAUGCUAAAAUUAAGAGAUUUUAGAUGAUACGCCAAAGAGAAAAUGAUGUCUGAAGUUCAGUAUGUUUUGCUUAUAUGACUGUAAAUAUGCAUGGCGUCAAUUUUAAAGCAUCAUUGAUAAUUGUAUUUUAAUUGACUAUUUUUAACUAUUGUUUUUUGUUUCUCAACCGGCAGAUGCAUUUAAAAAGGUAGCUAACUCUAUAAACUAGAGAAUAAAGCUAAAACAAAGUAAUUUUGAGAGGAACGCCAAAAAGAUUUUAGGUUUUGACCACUUUUCAUUGCAAAUACAUGACAUUGAAAAAUAUUGCCUCUCAAUGAUUUGCAUUAUUCAAACGUUUAGAAAUGUAUUGUUUUAAUUUAACCAACUUUAGAUGCAGGUUUAUUAAGGCGGAUUUUCAUUCAGUGCAAAAUGUUGCACGAUCAACGUUUUGCGAUCGCUUUCUUUUGAAAUACAACUCAGUCAAGCGGAACAAAUCUCAUUAGCUGCAGUUGACUGCGCACAUUUCAAAAAAAUGCGAUCGCAAAAAAUCGAUCAUGCGAUAUUUUGCACUGAAUGGAAAUCCGCUUUUAGUAUAGCAAGACCAAUUGUCAAGGCUAGCUUCGCCACUGGUAACCACAUAAAAAGCAGAAACCAUACACUUUUUUUUCUACUGUAUUGUCAUCUGACUACUUGUAGCUAUAUUAGUGUAGCUGUUGCCCGUUCAUGCGUCCCUUACUUAUAUUUAAAUUCGCGCCAUAUUAGAACUGAGCGAAAAAUAAUCCGCGACAAGAAUUUCACUUUCUUUAUUAAACUCGGAAAAUCGCAGUUUAUAAAUUUGCGAGUGUUUACUUAUGUACGUAGCCGCGGUCGGGACGGGCAACAAUUUUUCACUUGUUGCUCGGCGGGGGAUACAUUGCAUUAUCUAAAGCCACGUGACCACAAAUCAGCCAAUCACGCGGUUUGUGUUCACAUUAAGUAUAUAACAAUAUCACGUAUUUCAAAUCUGUUCAUUUCUAGCGCCUCUCCUCGGGAAGUUCAGACAGCGUGGGAAACGAAGGACAAAAACGUUCUUCGCGACAUUACACCCCACCUCCCCCACAUACGAUACGCCCCUCAGACACACCUACCAAGGACCCUCCUCCCUUCCCUGACAGACCUAAAGAAAAAACACAAACUAAACGAUCGAGUUCCUUUGCCGAAAGACCCCAGUCGCCUUCGCUUCCUAGAAAUCAAGUCCAACGUCAGAAUUCUGAUCGGGUUUUGAUCAGCUCACUUGAAAUCGAACGUCGAAAUUUGUCACACGCUAAAUCUAUCCCACCUUCCCCUUCGAGCGAAAGGCCUCGGCGUCCGCUGUCUGUUGGUCAGCGGCCUGAUUUUGUCCAAAAGACGGGUCAAAGUAUCGGUAUUGUGUCAUUUAAAGAAGUGGCUAGGGUCCAGUCCGCUGUGUUGGAAUCGAGCCCUCAACUCGAGAGGAAAGAGAGAGUCCUUGAUUUGGAAAAGAAAAAUUCAGGAGAAGCCGGAAGUGAACCUAAACUUAAGGAAACCGCACAAAGGGGACCACAAACGCCAAAAUCUCUGAGGCGAAGUACUAAGGUAGAAAAUCUUGCACCGAAAAAUGAUAGGGGUUCAGAAAAGCCUGGACUGUGGUAUGAAUAUGGUCAGGUUUAG